AUGAAAUGUUCAAUUUCACCAGUGAUGAUCCCUAAUGAAAAUGACAACAUGUCUGAAGACAAUGAUGAAUCUUAUGCUUCCAAGAUAAAAGAAAAACCGGAAGAUAUUUCUCUGCCUCAAAGUAAGAAGUUUAAGCAGUCUUACAGUGAUGAAUUGACGAACAAUCUCAGCAUAAAAAACGUGAUGUUGAUAACGAAUCUAACGAGGAAAAUUUAA